AUGGCUGACAAAUUCGGCUCCGACUGGACUGUUCCUCUCUGGCGGGGUGGCGAACAGGUUACAGGAAGCAACACUUACGAACUGGUCUCACCUCUGAACGGAAAACCCCUGUACAAUGUUUCCGCAGCAUCUGUGGAUGACGCCAACGCUGCCGUUGCCGCUGCAGAAGCGGCGCUCCCAGCAUGGAGUAAAAUCGGACCUGCAGCACGCCGUGAUCUCCUCCUCAAAGCAGCCGAUGAGCUGGUCGCCCGUAAGGAUGAUCUAUGGCAUCUCACAAACACGGAGGUGGCAUCAACUGAGCCUUACUUCGCGUUCGACUUUAGCAAUGCGCUCGAGGCAUUGAAAAGCACAGCCGGACUCAUAUCCACCGUGCAAGCCACAAUGCCCGCGAUGCUGGACGAAGGCCGCAGCGCCAUGGUCGUCAAGGAGCCAUAUGGUGUAGUUCUUGCAAUCGCACCAUGGAACUGUCCUUGUAUUCUUGGCCUCCGAUCUUUCCUUGCGCCUUUGGCCAUGGGGAACACRGUCGUAGUGAAGGGAGCUGAGAAGUCGCCUGGAUGCUUUUGGGCUUUGGCCGAUAUUUUUCACAAAGCUGGGUUCCCUCCCGGCGUGCUCAACACUGUCAUCCAUCGGCCUCAAGAUGGCGCGGAGAUCACGACCGCCUUGAUAUCCCACCCAGCUGUCAAGAAAAUCAACUUCACAGGCUCUACGGCCGUUGGUUCCAUUGUGGCCAGUCUUGCUGGAAAACACUUGAAGCCCGUGUUGAUGGAGUGCGGGGGUAAAGCUCCCGCUAUUGUCUGUGAGGAUGCCGACAUCUCAAAUGCAGCUCUGCAGUGCACUCUUGGUGCAUUCCUGUUCUCUGGCCAGAUUUGCAUGGCAACAGAAAGAAUCUUAGUCAAUGCCAAAAUCGCAGACCAGUUCCGACAAGCUCUCGCCGGUACGAUCGAUGCAGUCUUCCCAGACAAGAACGGGCUUGUUCUGGUCGACAAGGCACCAGUCACCAAGAACGCCUCUCUAAUCCAGGAUGCCGUCAGCAAAGGCGCCAAGGCAGUCUACGGAGACCCAUCAGACAAGCGCGAGCUUGCUACCGCAAUGCGACCUGUUGUUCUCGAAGGCGUCAAAGAGGGAAUGGACAUGUAUUACCAGGAAUCUUUCGGUCCCACUGUAUCUCUCAUCCUGGUUGAAAACGAUGAAGAAGCCAUCAAAAUCUCCAACGAUACCGAAUAUGGCCUUACUUCUGCAGUAUUCACCGAGAAUCUGCAGCGCGGAUUGAAGAUUGCUCGACAGAUUGAGACUGGUGCCGUACACAUCAACAGCAUGAGCGUGCAUGACGAGGCUUCUCUGCCACAUGGAGGCGCCAAGAAGAGCGGUUUCGGCCGUUUCAACGGUGAGGAGGGACUCAAGGAGUGGACGCGAUUGAAGGUCAUUACAUGGAAGAACUAA